CGCAGGUAAAAAAAAAAUAGUUUAAACAAGAUACAAUGAACAUAAUUAUAGCGAUCUAUUUUUUUACUGAUUUCUGAAUAGCCUGAUGAACUAAAUGGUGACAUGUUUAAAUUUAGAUCAUUUUAAUAUAUUUUAAAAUAGAUAGAUAUUAUAGAAUAACCUUGAUUUUAGUUGGAUACUAAUGAGUCUGUAAAGCUCUGACUGAAUAUUCAUCUAAUUCAAGGCUACUUGUGGUAAAUGUUGAAUGAUGCACGUACAAUGCACGAACAAUGCAAGUUAUUGCAUUUUUGUAAAUAUAUAUCUUGUAGUAAUGGUGAUACUUGUUGAAUAUCUAUUUAAUAGGAAAGGAACAAAGUUAACAGCAAAAGAUGCCGUGGCGUUAGCAAAACAGCUUGAGGAAGAGCGAAAACGUAGUACGUCCCUCCUACUGAAGUUGAAAAAGGCCAAAUCGGAUAAAAAGACUUUGGAGCAAUCGAUUGAAGAUGGAAGUUUCAUUCGAAUGCAUUCUACUAUGCGAGAUGAUAAUGCAACACACGAUCAAAACUCACUGCUCAUGUCAUCUAUGAGCAACUUAUCGUUUGCUUCUCUCCAGGUUCCGGAGUGCAAGCCCAUUGAUGGAGAAGAAGAUAUAGAUCGUAAGUCGUACGAACAAUGGAGACAGAUGCUGGAAGCUUCAAAGCAAUUAGCUGGAGUUGCUGAUGAAAGGACGAAGAUGAACAUUUUCCGCGUUAAGGCAGGUCUAAAAUUAUUGGAUGUCCUCGAGGGAACACACUCGAAUGCUGACUCACCGGAUAUGGAAACGUUUCCUUAUUCGAAUGCAACACAACGUUUGGAUGCGUUUUUUGGAUCACGUGACUAUAUCUUCAUGCAAAGACAAAAGCUUAGGUCACUGACGCAGAAACUAAGAGAGACGGACGUGAAAUAUGUCAAACGAGUUAUAUCAGUUGCAAAAGUCUGCGAUAAUAAUGAUAGCAGUUUAAUAGAGCAGGUAGUUGAUACAAUUCAAUCGCACGCUCUUAAUCGGAAAGUUCGCGAGACCGGUAGGAAGAUUCUCAGAAAAGGUGGGUCUAUCGCUGAUCUUCUUGAGAAAGUGCGUGCUUUGGAGAUGGAGACAUUGAACGAAGAAAUGUUCGCUAGAACUCAUCGGGCGGCAGCACAGGCUGAAGUUGCAGCUGUUAGAUACGGUGGCCAGCGUAAUCUUCAGCAAACGAACAACGGCGCAGGUGGUACAAGAUACCAGCAGUAUUACCGAUUUUCUGGAAACUGGCGAGGAGCUAGAGGUGGCCGAGGAUAUGCUCAUCGAGAAUUUACCAGGAAUGUGUCCAGUCGUUUGAUGUGUUGGAGGUGCCUGAGUAAGCAGCAUAAUGCUGCUGAAUGUUAUGCUAUUGAUAAGGUUUGUCGAAAUUGUCAACGCAAGAGACAUCUUGAACGUGCCUGCCAUCAGGAACCAGCAAACAAACCGAUUAAGCGUCGAUACAGCAAUGAUGACAACGAAUCAACUAACUCCAAAAAGAUAGCAGUGGUUAAAACGGAUGGUGAUGAUUUGACUGAGGAAUCCAUAUGUAUUGGAAGCGUAACGACAAAGGCGCAUCGCUCACAAUUGAGGGUCCAGAACGACUCUAAGAAUUCUCCAAACGUGGCGGUUCCAUGCAGAAGUCACUGUAAGCGUAGGCUGGUCUCGGAGGAGGAAUUCCUUGGGUUUCCAGAUGAUGUGGCUGCAAAGAGGUUUCGCAAAGGCGAUAAUGAAGCAACGGAACCGAAAACGCCAAGUCCUAGGCAUUCUGAAAGAUUAAAGGAUCGACCGAGGAGAGUUUAUAAAAGAUAA